AUGAAUUUUUUUCGUCUUCCUUAUCAAAAUGUACCCAACAAGCAACGGCACAAACCAAAAGACGCAUCAACCAAACACAUGUAUAUAGACACGUGUCAAUCUCUCGUUCUUCUUGACUUGUCAUUUUUUUUUUUUUCUUACAAAAUAUAGAAGAAGCUCUUUUUUUGUUUUUUGUUUUUGGUAAACAAAAUAUAGAAGAAGCUCUUGUGUCGUCGUCCUCUACGAAUUGUUGAUCAUCAACAUGAAGACCAUUCGCCAUAUAGGCAUUAACGCAAAUUCAAAGAGCUACACAGCUUUUGGGUUUAUAUUUUUUUCUUACAUUUUUCCCGAAAAAAUCGCAAACGAAUAAUGCACACAAGGUGUUCGACAGAAAUCCUCAAGGUCAAAUUGGGUUUCUUUGUUUUUAUAAACGGUUAUUAUAGUUCCCGCCUCUCUCUCUCUCUCGAGCCUCUCACAAAUCUAUCUGAAUCAUAUAAUCACGUUGGAGUGGAGACCAAGAAACACACAAGAAUCUUGAGAUAUCGUUACUAAUGGAGUCUUCUUCUUCUUCUUCUUCUUCUUUCAAGGUUCUUGAUGAGAUGGCAAAACUCUACGAAGAAGCUAAAAAUCUCGUCGCUAAUGGAAACCACAUCAAGGCGUUGGAGAUAUUUGAAGAUUUGAUUUUUGUCCAUAAGCAAGCCAAGGACUCAAUUACUCUUCAUCACGAUCAAGGUCACUUAUUCGUAGCACUAGCGAAAAGAGCAGAGAACCCUAACUUGACGUUCGCAUAUAGGUUGGGUUCCGUGGAAUGCUUUGAAAACGCUGGAAUGUCACCACUCUCUGCAUGUUCUCUCUACCUUUUAGCCCAACAGCUUGGGUCAGUGAUGUAUGCCAAGAAAUGCGUAAGCAAAGCGAGAGAAGGUAUAAAAUUUUGUAGCAACUCGGAUUUGAAAGAAAUGGAGGGCAAGGAUAAAGGAAUGAUGACUUUAAUCGGUAAAGCAGCGUUCAUCAUCGCUGAGUCCAAGACUUCUUCUACAAACAAGUGCGAGCUAAUAACUGAUUUGGAGUCAAAGAAGAGUCCAGAGCCGCCGCUUAAGGAUGAGUAUAAAGGACUGAGGUCGUAUUGGUUAGGUUUGGAUGUUAAGAUCAAAAGGGACUUUAUGAAAGUAAGCAUUGCAAAUCUUUUAAGUUUUGUCGAGGGAGUAGAACAUUACAAAGCGGAGGGACGAGAUGCUUUGGAGCAAGUUCUCGCUUCUGCAAGGGAAGACGGUAAAUGGACUUUCUGGAUGUGUAGAACUAAAUGUUUGAAGAAGUUCUCUAGUGCUGAAGAAUGUAAGAAUCAUCUUGAACAAGAACAUGCUGCUGAUUUUAAAAUUUCUUCAGAAAAGGAUACGGUCAAGAGGAUUGGAAAAGACUGGGCUCGUAAGAUAUCUGUUGGAAGUUGGGAACCAGUAGACGCAGUAGCUGCCGUUGAAAUGAUCAAGAACCGGCUCGCAGAUGUGAAAGCGUUUGCAUCUAAGAAUGGAUGGUCCAAAGAAUGGCCUAUAGCUGUGGAUGAAGAGCGGAGUAAGUUACUUAAGGAAAUCAAAUCGCUCCUUGUCUCGUUUUGUGACCUUAAAAUUCUCUCAUGUAGCAUCCGAGACUGGGUGAUGCGUUAUCCACUUAAGCAUCUUGGAAAACUUGAAGUUUCUGAACAGAAUCUUGUCGAUUAUCACCUAGUGGAAACACCUCAGAGUAUAUGUUUUCUUGAAUGCCAUGAACUCAAUCAAAUCCUAGGCUUUCUUAAAACCAUCAAGUGUGAAAGGGAUGAUGGUACAGAUCUGGUUUGCAGAGCAGUGGACAGCGUCUUGGCUCGUACUCAAGUUAAAGAAAAGAUCGACUUUGAUCCUCAGUAUUCGUAUCUGCUUCUGGAUAAAAGACUGCUGAAAAACAAUGAUGCUCCAUUUGAUUAUGAAGGGGCAAUCAAUGUUUUAGAUCCCAAUGUUCACUACUCCAAGGCACAUGCUCAUGGAGAUGAUAUCAUAUCCUGGUUAACUGACUACAAUUCAGUGGAUAAGACUUUUCCCAGACCUAUCAGGGAACACAAUUUUAGUAUCUGGGUGGCUGUUCUGAAAGCUGUUCAGUUCACAUGUAGGACUCUGAGAGCCAAAUAUGCAAAGAAAGUGCAGUUCUUGAUUUUUGAUGCAGCUCUUAAUGUUGUUGAGAAAAUUUGUACGCGUGAAGAUGAAAGGAGAAGGAAUCUGCCGGAAGACCAGUGGAGCUUAUAUUCAUCUCUUGUAUGUGAUUGUUGUGAAGAAAGAGUUCCUGAAGAUUCCCUCCCUACAAAAUUGUUGUUCUUGUGUGCAGUACGAGAUGUCCUGGAAGGAGCAUUGCAUCCGACGUUUGAUUCCCCUGAUAUCGAAGAUUGCUUGAAUCUUAUACGUGAGCGUAAAACUCUCAGUGACAAUCAAGUGUUGAAGUCCAGAGGCCUUCUCAAAUCAGUGGUCACCCAAAAGAUUCUUCUAAUGGAAUCAAAAAUUUUGCUGAUUGAUAAUUCAAGGAUUAGAUUGCUAAACAACCUCACAAGGCUUUCUGCUUUUGACAACCGCACUUAUAUCCUUCAACUCCUGAAACCUUUCUUGCUGAAUGAAAUUGUGAAUAUGGAGUCCAAAGCCAAGACAGAUGCAGCAGAUGCAGCAGAAGCAGAUCUUUUAAGCGAGGUGGAGAAGAAGAAGCCACAACCAAAGAAGAUGAAUAAUAAAAACAAAAAGAAAACUUCAACUAGAAUGCCUAGUCCCCUUAAGAAGACUGUUGAACGUAAAACUUCUCUCAAUCUUGAACCGGAGAGUACAUCUGCGUCACUAAGAACGGUUGAAGAAGAUUGUAUUGAACCAGAAAAGGGUCAAUUGGAAAUUUCAUCCGAAACUGAAAUUCAAGUGGAAGUUACUAGAGAAGACCCUGAUAUGCACAACAGGCCGGGAGAAGAAGAUUCACAGUCAGCGCCUGGAGAAACUGCAGCUAGAUAUAAUUCAGUUCAUGACAUGACACUGAAGGCCCUCUUGAACAUUAAGGUUCUCAAAGAAGAUUUGAUGAACCAACCAUUGCACGACCACCUGGAAGAACAAGUUCCUCUUUCACUACGAAAUUUAUUUGCUGCUUUUGUUUCAGAAGAAAUCAAACAUGAGGGAGUCUACAGUUGCCUCUUGAGCGACUUACUUGCUUCCCAAGAAGAAGUUAUUUCUAUGUCGAGUGAUGCUGCUAAGGUAGUUGUAGCCAUCCUUGAUUUUUGGCGUUGCUGGAAACAUCCAAAAAGAGAAAGCUUGGUAACUCGCCUUUUUACGGUGCCGGAUAAUAAAAGAAUGAGCUGUAGAAAAUGCAGAAGGACUACAAAUUAUCCAGAGCAAAGCUCUUAUGGCAUAACAAUGCCUGCUGAUACAAUCAGAGAACUGAAGUGUGCUUUUGGGAAUAUUAAGUUUGUGGAUAUCCUAAAGGUGAUACGCAUGGGAUAUAAAAUGGUAUGUGACAGUGAAACAGGAGGUUGCGGAAAGACGAACUAUGUUCAUCACAUUAUAAGUAGAUGCCCGCCUAUCUUCACAAUCGUGUUGGAAUGGGAGAAUAGAGCAACUGAAAACGAGAUAUCUGAAACAACGAAGGCUCUGGACUGGGAGAAUAUCAGCAGGCUGUACGAAGAAGGCUUAGAACCAAACACUAACUACCGGCUUGUGUCAAUGGUUGGUUGCAGUGGAGUAGGAGAACACAUAUGCUUGGCUUAUGAAAAGAACCGGUGGGUCAACCUCAGACGUGAGUGUUUAGCAGGAGAGGAUGUUGGUGACUGGAAGGAUAUGGUCAAAUUCUGCGGAGAGAGGAAGGUUCAGCCAGAGAUUCUGUUUUAUGAAGCUGCCUGAUUGACGACCUAACAAGUGACAGUAUUGUAUCAAUGUGGUGAAGUCCAGCAUUGAUGUAUAAACAGUGACUUGUUACAAACUUACAAUUCAAAAGUUGUGUUUUCACGGCUUGGGUUCCCUUGGAAACUGCAUUUGUUCAUCUACAGAGUCCUUCUAUAUACCAGCUCAAUGCAAACAAAAACAAAAUAUGUUUCCGCUACCAAAAAGACACUUUUGUAUCUUUACUUUCAGCACGAAAGGCUACUCCUUCUUCCA